AAAAAAAAAAAAUUGAAGUGUUGUCAUCAAAAUUGGUACAAAUGUGUGGUGUUGCUUGGUGAAAAUCGGCGCCAAAAUGAGCAUAAAGCGAGUGGAGACAGAUGCAGAGCCACUGCGUGCUAAGGACAGUCCUUGCUACUUCUGCAACGAUGCCUUCGAGAUGGGGAAACUGCAGAAUCACCUAAAACAAUGCGGCAGCAUACUGGAGCAGUGCCCGCUGCGCUGCGGCGCCUGGAUACAGAGGAAGCAUCGCGACACGCACGUCAAGGAGUGCCCGCAGAUGGAGAAGACCAAGGACAUAGCGUCCCCCAGUCACGCACGUCUGUCAGACCCCGCGCCACCGCCGCUGGCCCACACGUGGAACCCCAGCUCCGUGGCGCUGGAAGAAUGCGUCAGCUUCCUGGAGAAGGAAUUCACUUCAAUCAGACUAAGCCUCGCCGAAGAGUCCAGCCACCGCGACCUACAGUCCACCGAGCUAGAGAACCUGCGCUCCAAGCUGGUGCUAGUGGACGAGCGCGCGCAGCACUUCCUGUCGACCCUGGUCUCCCUCCGAGCAGCCGUAGACGAUGAGGCGGAGAGGGCAGCUAACUGGGCUGCGCAGUUUAAGCAUGAUCUGGCCAAUGUGCAGUUAGCUUUACAGGAGCUCCAAAGCCAGCAGUUGUCCACAGUGAUGAGGCUUGAGAGCGCAGUCAGCAGCCUGGUGCACGAGCAGCACGAGCGGGAACUGCUGGAGCAGGCGUUGACGCAGCAUGACAAUAGAAUCAGGACUAUCAAGAGUCUGGAGGAAAUAAUAGACUAUAUAAAGCAGACGGUGGAAGAGGAGAGAGAGAGGAACGCAGAGAGUCGCGCCAUGCUGGAGACUGAGCUGAUGGAAGCACGCAGGUCUUCGGAGCAGGUCGCCCAGCUGUCAGUACUGCGGAUGCAGAUACAGAACACUACUGCUGAAAGACCUGCAAUAGAUCGUCUAGCAGUCCUGGAAGUGGCGACGGCAGACGCGCGCGCAGAAACUGCGGAGCAAACUAUGAGAAUGGACAAAGUGUCCCGCGACCUGAGAGCCCUGACCAAGUCGUACCACAAGAUGCGCAGCGAACUGGCGGACUUCCAGGCCAGGGUCAGUUUGGACAACCCUGACCUUGGCGGAGAUAACGGCCACCUAAUCUGGAGGAUAGACAACUACUCCACGCGCAUGAAGGAGGCCAAAGACAACGAUGCUAUAUUGACCAGCCCUCUCUUCCGGACUAGUAAAUAUGGCUAUACAUUAAAGGCGGAAGUCCACCUGAACGGCAUAGGCAAGUGGAAGGGGCGGCACAUCACGUGCACGGUGCGGCUCGUCAGCGGCCCGUACGACGCGCUGCUGCAGUGGCCCUGCGACCUCAGCGUCAGCAUCAUACUGAGGGACCAGCCAGCUAACAAGAACCAGGCAAUGGACAUAGUGAAGUCCCUCGACCUUCGUCGCAGAUCCUCGUCGAAGAAGCACGACUUCGACGAAGGCGACGAAAAGACCAAGUCCACGGACACCCUCGACCUGAGCGUGGUGCAGAUGAAGAGGCAGUACAUCUUCAUACCUCACACGAGUUUGGACAAGUUCGAGUACAUCAAAAAUGACGUCAUGUUUUUGGAGUUUCUUGUUAAUCAAUAAUUAUAUAAUAGACAACGCAAUCGGACUUAAUUAAUCUAUGGACCGAGAGCCUGUGCUAGUCAGACAUGCCUCAUUUUAGGAAAGCUGAGCCUAUGUUGGUGUCAAACACAAGAAAAACUUUCUAAAGACUCCGCGGUCCAAACUCCAUAAUUGGCUACUGUACUUACCUAUAAUAGGAGCAUAGAUAGUCAAACUUUCAGUUUUCCUAAACUGAGGUAAGUGUAGCCCUCGCAGGCUUUCGCUCUACAGUGAACCUCUCUAUAAAUAUUACUGUACUAAUGAAGUAGUUUACCAAUGAUUUCUAUGACAAUCACUAAUUUUAACUAUGUUUUUUGUUAUUAAUUUCUUUGUAUUAUCAUUUUUUUUCGUGUAGUAGAGUAUAAUAAAUAAUCUAAACUACAAUUAUUUACACAUAUUUAUAGGAUAUAUUAAGAAAAGAAAUAUUAUGUAAUAAAUCUUUGUCACCUGUACCGCUUGUGAGAAAAUUAACAUGCGAAUUUGAUUACAAUAUAUAAUAAAAAUUAACCCUAUAUUUCUUUUAAACUGAGCCUCUAGCCAUGUCGCACGUCUAUUCUCUCUCUACAAACGCUGACGUUACGAAAACUAGCAACCUGUACAGGAAUGACAACUAGGUCACGCGACCUGUCGAUAGCAAAUGUCAUUCCCAUACAUUUUUAAAUUUCCGAAGCGUUAGCGUUUAUAGAAAGAGAAUCGAUUAGCCACAUAGCUACAGGCCCUGGUCAUGAACUCUCUGUAUCCUUUCUCUAAAGCCUCUCUUUUUUUAAAACGACUGUUCAACCUACAUGCUAUUGAUGUACCUAUUUAUAAUUAAAGUUACAAAUUAAACAAUUGAAUUGUAAACAUUCAUUUAUUGACAGUUACACCUACUUAUAUCUAUAUUCAAUAUAUUAGUAAAUAUAUUUUACAUUCACAUAAAUAUUUCAAAAGAAAAUGUAGCUCCUGCGGUCGAAGUAUUUAAAAAUUAAACAUCGUCUUAUACAUAGAUUAUAGAAAAGUGCUUUGGACCACGAAAGAAGUAAUUUCUUUUUUCAAAAA